AAUGCACCAACGUAUUAUAUAUCUCAAUAAAUAAAUAAACAAAACGAUAAUAAUAACGCACCUAGCAUUUUAGCAAGCAUAAAGAAGUUGCUACGUUCUCAUAUAUUCUUGAAUCAUUUUAGACCAUACUCCAUACAUACACCAAACAAAAAGAACAAUAGGUGAAAGUCAUGUUCCCGACAAAAACACUUCUCUUUAUCGCCGUCGUGUCACUUCUCGGAACAUUCACGUUCGCCGCCGUUGAUACUUUCGUCUACGGUGGCUGCUCACAGGCAAAGUACUUUCCGGGAUCGCCUUACGAGUCCAACGUAAACUCACUGCUCACCUCCUUCGUUAGCUCAGCUUCUCUCUACACAUACAACAACUUCACCGUCAACGGUAUCUCCGGGGACAGCUCCUACGUCUACGGAUUGUACCAGUGUCGCGGCGAUCUCUCCUCCGGCUCCGGAGAUUGCGCAAGAUGCAUAGCGAGAGCCGUUAGUCGCCUAGGGAGUCUCUGCGCCAUGGCCUGCGGUGGCGCGUUGCAGCUCGAAGGCUGUUUCGUUAAAUACGACAACGCGACGUUCCUCGGCGUGGAAGACAAGACGGUGGUGGUUAGACGGUGUGGACCACCGGUUGGUUAUAACUCGGAUGAGCUGAUUCGGAGAGACUCGGUGGUGGGUUAUUUAGCGGCAAGUAGCGGUGGUUCGUACAGAGUAGGAGUGUCAGGGGGGUUGCAAGGUGUGGCGCAGUGCACCGGAGAUCUCAGUGCGACCGAGUGUCAAGACUGUUUGAUGGAGGCGAUCGGCCGGUUAAGAUCGGAUUGCGGAGGAGCCGCUUGGGCUGACGUGUACUUAGCCAAAUGCUACGCGCGUUACUCGGGCCGUGGAGGUCACUCUCGAGCCAACGGCUAUGGUGGAAGUCGUAACAAUGAUGACGAUGAGAUAGAGAAAACACUUGCAAUCAUAGUUGGCUUAAUUGCUGGAGUUACGUUACUCGUUGUAUUUCUCUCUUUUAUGGCAAAAUCGUGCGAGAGAGGUAAAGGUGGCAAGUAAAUUUCGUAUAUUAUCAAAAAAGAAUUAAAUGGGUAAAGGAGAAAGAAAAGCGAAGAGAUUCUUUAUAUUCUCCACUAAAACUCUAAAAAGAUGUUUCUUUUUUGACCCACCUUUAAUUUAUGUUUUUUACUAUUUUUCAAAAUGUAUAUAGAAAACUCACGCCGUUUGGAUUUGUGAUCGUAUCUUUUAUGUUAGAACAUUUUAAAGUGUGGCGCAUGCAAUUUGUUUUUGAUAUUUCUGAUUACCAUAGCCACUUAACGCUGUCGACUGAUGUUAUAUGUGUUACGGAUCCUGACAUAAAAAGUGUAUGUUUCUGUUUAAUGAUGAAUCUAAACCAUGGCGAGCUA